GUCACACAGCGUACGGUCGGUAGCGAUGGCGCGCACGAAGCAGACGGCGCGGAAGUCGACGGGCGGCAAGGCGCCCCGCAAGCAGCUGGCCACCAAGGCUGCCCGCAAGAGCGCGCCGGCCACGGGCGGCGUCAAGAAGCCGCACCGCUACCGGCCCGGCACGGUGGCGCUGCGCGAGAUCCGGCGCUACCAGAAGUCCACGGAGCUGCUGAUCCGCAAGCUGCCCUUCCAGCGCCUGGUGCGCGAGAUCGCGCAGGACUUCAAGACCGACCUGCGCUUCCAGAGCUCGGCCGUCAUGGCGCUGCAGGAGGCCAGCGAGGCCUACCUGGUGGGGCUCUUCGAGGACACCAACCUGUGCGCCAUCCACGCCAAGCGCGUCACCAUCAUGCCCAAGGACAUCCAGCUGGCCCGCCGCAUCCGCGGAGAGCGCGCCUGAGUUCCCUGCCCUUCUCCUUCAAACCGAAAGGCUCUUUUAAGAGCCACCACACGGCCACUUAAAAGAGCUGUUGUCUCUGCGUUACGGUGCAGACAGGAGCAGCCUGGCCGAGCACUUUAAUUGCUCAGGGUGCAGUGGGAAUUCAGGGAUAAAUGGGGGAGUGGGAGCGUUCCGUAGUGUCCAGCCGUGCCCUCCCCUUGUGCCCCGUGUGUUUGGGUGAGGUUCACCAUUGUCUAAAGGCGCCGGGGCUGAGAGGGUGUGAGGGGCCGUGCUGUGCUGGUGCAGGCGAGAGCCGUGCCCAGAGAAGGG